CGUCGCUUCCGGCUUUUGCAUCUCAUCCUUCUUCUUCUUCGCCCAUCUAUCCAUAGCACUCGAACUCUUGAUCUCCUGAUUCGUUCAGACUCUCUCACAGUCAUGGGUAACUCUCCUCCCGCAGACUCGAACGCGGUCGACGCCAUUGCCGUCAAGGUGCCUGCUCCCGAGGCCGCGAAGGCUCAGACCAACAAGCCGCUCCCAAAGAUGUCCCGCACCCAGAACACGCCAGCAUCGGCCGGCCUGACCCCGAAGGCUCGAGUCGUACCGGCCAAAAGGAGUGUGCUGUCGCGCCUUGGGAGUGCUGUUCUCAACAUCGCCUUGUUCUGCGUCGGCACGUUCUUCCCCGAGACCGCGACGAAGGGUCUUCGUCUCGUUCCGUUCAACCCGGAGCUGGGCAUCUACGUUAUGAUCCGCACGUUGAGCUACACGGUCGCCCUCGUCGCGUCGGUCGCCGCGCUCAAGCUCGUCUUCGGGGUCCGCCCAACUCGCAUGGUUGUCGCCCAGCCUCUUCCUGCCACCAUGUGGGGUAUCGCCGGCAGCUGGAUAUGGGUUCUUAAUUCUGUCUUGCGCUAUGGCCAACCCAUCACGCCCGACGACAAGCCGAAGCUCUGGAGCCUGGCGGGUAUGACCGCGGCGAGUAUCGGCCCUCUUCUCAUGGUAUGAGAUUACCGGCAUUGCGUUGACGAUGUUAACUUCAGGCAUACGUUGUUCUGCGCCGUGGCACCGGGCGUUAAUCCUAGGCUCCAUCAGGAGCCCUCGGCGUCCAAAGGCGAGAGUGGAUAGGCGCUGGAACCGUGUAGAUGUUGCGGGGCAGUCGGACCAGCAUGCAUUAUGACAACCACGAUGGUGGCUCUCGUCUACAGCGCGCAUCCAGUGCUGCUUGAACGCAGUCAGUUGUGCUGGCAAAGUACAUUGGCUUGCCCACUCCGCCAGGGCCGUAGUGCGCGUACUUUGCAGAGUUGGUCGCGACGCUUUGUGCGAGCUCGGGUACGACUGGCGCUUUGAUCAUGCACCAGCAUGUGUCCUCAACAAUAGUUGCGCCGAAUGUAUGCAGCGGCUCGAGGAAACCCCUUUCCUC